UUAGCGGCUCCGUCCACAGCUGAAGCCCACUAAAUAACACCCAGCCCACUAUGCCCCAGAGGGGUGACAGGUACGUACCUCAGACAUGUGCCAUCAAGAUCUAUGUACUGUAGAGUAGUGCUAUCUCUUAUAUUUUUGGAUGGGACCCUUUUGAAGCUCACCGAAUUGAUUGUUUCAGCCGUUUUCCCAGGACUUGUCUACGCAUCCUCGAUCCACGGAACGAUUGCCAGCUAGACUGUUAAGGAACAUCGACAGUAAAUAUGGCGCUGAACAUGCGCUACGUCGAACUCGCGAAGCAGCUGCAUCCGCGUCUGCAGCGCUUCUUCGCCAAGUAUCCUCCGAACCAGAUCCUGCCGACCUCGACGCGCACAAAUACCAUCAAGGACGGCGCAACCCCGAACCCUUUUCUUCCACACAAACACCCCGUCACGGGCAAGUGGCAUGACCCGGAGUUCUCGCUAAGACGCCAGGCGGAGCUCGUCAAACUCGCUCGCGAGGAGGGCGUCGAGGAGUUGCUACCAUUCACAUCGAAGGGCACCGAAGAGCGCAUACGGCACAGAGUCGAGCACGGUUUGCGUGUGCGUGGUACAGGUGUUGGACAGAAGGUCAAGGGUCAUUUACACGAGAGAAUGCUGGCUUCCAAGAUGGAGAAGAGGAGAGAAGCUAUGAUGGGCAUGCCCAGGCUUGUGCGGGAGUGGAGAAAGACAGGGAGAAGCAGAUGGACCAAGUAUCCACGAUAGGCGAGAAGAUAUUGAAAUACUCUCUAUUCACCGACUUCGCAGUUGGAUGUACGAAUUUAUGUAUAACCAUGUAUCAAAGGUGUUCAGUUGCAUCGGAAUAUUAGCCCAACAAUUUGAGACAUCAAACUUUUCAUCCAUUCUUCCCUCUUUUUAAAACAAGGUUUGUUAGCAGAUUACUUAAAAUGAUUAAUCUGCUAAAUUUGUUGCCUGUACAAUACACUGGUCAUCUAUGUCCUUCUGGUCAGGUCGCUACAAUCU